AUGCGUAUAUUACUAGGUGGUAGUGUUGGCAUUUUGGUUUCCAUUGUCGCUGUGUAUUACGAGUCAAUACGUUCAAUGCUUGGACCAUUUUUUCCGCCCGCUGACUGGCCUAUAUUCAGGAAUCUGACAAUUACCACCACUUUGCUUUCCAAGCAACUUACGGAAUUAAAUAUCCCGGCUCCUUCUGUGAUAAUAGAAUAUCGUGUCACGAGUGAAUACCUUGCCGACAUCUUAACCCGAAAAAAACUACCACUCGAUAACUCGGACAAAGUAGCAGAAUAUCUACGUCAACUUGGGAAACAGACGUUUGACUCGGGUGAAGCAAUCGAAAGAAUGUAUUCCACUAGUAAUUCUGGCCUCAAGCAACUUGGCACGGAGUUACAAUUCAUUAUUGAAAAGAUUCACCCGGAUCAAGUUCUUACACGACAAAAUGAAACUUACUUUGCAGAACGUUAUGGAAAGAUUUUAAAUAUUGUUACCAAUUUACGUGAUAAAUUCAAAGAAACUAGGGAAGUUCUAGAUGAGCUUCAAAUUAUAUAUAAUGGGACGAGGCAUCAAUUUGCAAAUGGAAUGAAUGAUGUGGAAAAUUUUUUUGAAAAGUUUACACCAGUGUUAAAUGAUUACUAUGAUAUGGAACAAGUGAAAAGAGAGCUUGGCUAUUUGAAACGGAUCAUGGAAAAGUUUCCUGAUAUUCGGAAACAGAUCAAUGAUCUUUUGUAUGAUUUCAAUCAGCAUCGACUAGCAUUGAUUUGGUGUCGUGGUGAAUGGGCCAGGUUGUGGAGACGAAAAUUAGUUUCUUUUAAGGAUAUUGAAACAUUAGAGAUUAUGAUUCAGGAUUUAAAUGAUGUAACUAAAAUAUUUAAAAGGAAUCAAGAAAAUUUUGAAAUACGAAUUUAA